AUGGACAAGGGGAAUUACACAGCAGUGACUGAAUUUUUUCUGAUUGGACUUUCUCAGUACCCAAGUCUCCAGAUAUCUCUUUACGUUCUCUGCCUAGUCAUGUAUCUGGUGAUCAUAUUAGGAAACAGCAUCCUCAUUAUAAUCAGCAUCCAGGAUCCCCGUCUUCACACGCCCAUGUACUUUUUCCUUGGGAAUCUUUCCUUCCUAGAUAUCUGUUAUACAUCCUCCUCUAUUCCUCCAAUGCUCGUGAACUUCAUGUCUGUGAGGAAAUCCAUUUCCUUCACUGGAUGUGCCUUACAGAUGGUGAUUUCUCUAGGCAUGGGGUGCACAGAGUGUGUGCUUCUGGCUGUGAUGGCUUUUGAUAGGUAUGUUGCCAUCUGUAAUCCCCUGAGAUACACCAUUAUCAUGAAUAAAGGACUUUGUGUCCAGAUGGCAACUUGGACCUGGGCAUCAGGCUUUCUGUAUUCUCUGCUGCUCACCCUGCUGGCUAUGAUGAGACCUUUCUGUAACAACAUCAUUGACCAUCUCACCUGUGAGAUCCUGGCUCUUCUCAAGCUUAUUUGUGGAGACAUCUCCCUCAAUGUGUUUGUCAUGACAAUUGGGAAUUUCUUUUUUUUAGUCUUCCCUUUGCUGCUCAUUUUCUUCUCCUAUGUCUUCAUCCUCUCCACCAUCCUGAGGAUCAACUCCAGUGAGGGGAGGAAGAAAGCCUUUUCCACCUGCUCAGCCCAUCUUACUGUGGUAAUCUUGUUCUAUG